AUGGUCAACUCCUCAUGUGGCUCCGUCUGCUCCGAGCAGGGCUGUGGCCAGGAGAGCUGCUGCCAGACCACGUGCUGCAGGACCACCUGCUGCCGCCCCAGCUGCUGUGAGACCACCUUCUGCAGGCCCACCUGCUGUAAACCUUCUUGCUGCAUCUCCAGCUGCUGCAGGCCCCAGUGCUGCCAGCCCACCUGCUGUGUGUCCAGCUGCUGCCAGCCCACCUGCUGCCGUCCCAGCUGCUGUGAGACCACCUGCUGCAGGCCCACCUGCUGUAAACCUUCUUGCUGCAUCUCCAGCUGCUGCCAGACCAGCUGUUGCAGGCCCAGCUGUUGCAUUUCCCACUGUUGCUGCCCCAGCUGCUCUAGUGCCACCUGCUGCCGCCCCAGCUGCUGUGUGUCCAGCUGCUGCAGGCCCCAGUGCUGCCAGUCUGUGUGCUGCCAGCCCACCUGCUGCAGGCCCCAGUGCUGCCGCCCCAGCUGCUGUGUGUCCAGCUGCUGCAGGCCCCAGUGCUGCAUCUCCAGCUGCUGCCGCCCCUCCUGUGGUAGCUCCAGCUGCUGUGGCUCCAGCUGCUGCCGCCGCUGCUGCCAGGAGACCUGCUGCCAGCCCAGCUGCUGCCAGCCCAGCUGUUUCCAGACUACCUGCUGCAGGACCACUUGCUGCCGCCCCAGCUGCUGUGUGUCCAGCUGCUGCAGGCCCCAGUGCUGCCAGUCUGUGUGCUGCCAGCCCACCUGCUGCAGGCCCCAGUGCUGCCGCCCCAGCUGCUGUGUGUCCAGCUGCUGCAGGCCCCAGUGCUGCAUCUCCAGCUGCUGCCGCCCCUCCUGUGGUAGCUCCAGCUGCUGUGGCUCCAGCUGCUGCCGCCGCUGCUGGUCCUGCUGCCUGCGCCCCGUGUGUGGCCAGGUGUCCUGCCACACCUCUUGCUACCGCCCCACCUGCAUCAUCUCCACCUGCCCCUGCCCCAUGUGCUGCGCCAUCCCCUGCUGCUGA